UUUUUGUUAAACUCCCCCUUCUUUUGUUCCUAGUCAAACUACCAUGUAAUAUAAUAGUAUUACAAACCUGAAUGCUCUCUGCAUUAGGUUUUCUCUUCUUCAAAUCCAAUUUCGAUGGCGGUGGCGUCGCGACGGCUUCGGGACCUUCAAUCACAGGCGGCGAACAAGAUAUGCGUUGACUACACCCAGAAGAACCUGCAGUGGGCCUCUGUAUCGUACAAUGUCUUCAUGUGUUUGGAGUGCGUUCCACCCGGAAAGGUAGCAGUCAUGCAGAUAUGUACUGACAGUAGUCAUUGCCAUGUUCUACAUUUCGUAACAACCAACUUGAGCUCAGGUUCCAGCUCCCCCACGCCAGGUGCGACCGCCAUGACCGCGAUACCUUCCGCUUUUUGCACGCGCCAUUCGAAACGACGCCCGCGCUCACCGGCUUCGCCAGCCGCGGCGCCUCCGACUCCGUCGCCACGUAGAGCAGAAGAAGAAGAAGAAGGGUGAAGUUGGGUGGAAGAUGUAAUCACGGAUGAAGUUAGGUGGAAGACGGAAGGAAGAGAGAGAAGGGGAGAAAAAGUGAGAAAUUUAUAUUUAUUAAGACUUUUUUCAUAAUAAGUAUAAUAUAUAUAUACAUCCUUGAAAUAUAAUUUUUAGCAUU